AGGAGCUGAGGCAGAGGCUAGGGGCUGGAGCUGGCAGUUGAGCAGCCCAAGGUGCUGAACCCCGUGGGGAGGUGCAGGGACACGUGCACCCCGAAUGUGACCUCAUCAUCCGACUGCAAGAGGACGAGAGCACAUGUCUGCAGGCGGCAGAGGGGAUGCCCAACACCUCCCUAAGCUGCCCUAGGACCUGGGAUGGGCUACUAUGCUGGCCAAUGGCAGGCUCUGGCGAGUGGGUCACCCUCCCCUGCCCGGAUUUCUUCUCCCACUUCAGCUCAGAGCCAGGGACUGUGAAUCGGGAUUGUACCAUCGCAGGGUGGUCAGACCCCUUCCCACCUUACCCUCUGGCCUGCCCUGUGCCCUUGGAGCUGCUGAUUGAGGAGAAAUCUUACUUCUCCACCGUGAAGAUCAUCUACACCACGGGACACAGCAUCUCAGUCGUCGCCCUCUUUGCGGCCAUUGCCAUCCUGGUUGCCCUCAGGAGGCUCCACUGCCCGCGGAACUAUAUCCACACGCAACUGUUCGCCACCUUCAUCCUCAAGGCAGGAGCUGUAUUCCUGAAGGACGCUACCCUUUUCCAGGAGGAUACAGAGCACUGUGUCUUCUCUACUGUCCUGUGCAAGGUCUCCGUAGCUGUCUCCCAUUUUGCCACCAUGACCAACUUCAGCUGGCUGCUGGCAGAAGCUGUCUACCUGAGCUGCCUCCUUGCCUCCACAUCUCCCAGCUCCAGGACAGCCUUCUGGUGGCUGGUUCUUGCUGGCUGGGGGCUCCCCAUGCUCUGCACUGGCACCUGGGUGGGCUGCAAGCUGGCCUUUGAGGACAACGCGUGCUGGGACCUAGACGACAGCUCCCCCUACUGGUGGAUCAUCAAAGGGCCCAUCGUCCUUUCCGUUGGGGUAAACUUCGGUCUUUUUCUCAAUAUCAUCCGCAUCUUGCUGAGGAAACUGGAGCCAGCACAGGGCAGCCUGCACACGCACUCUCAGUACUGGCGUCUCUCUAAGUCAACGCUUCUCCUCAUCCCACUCUUUGGAAUUCACUACAUCAUCUUUAACUUCCUGCCUGAUGAUGCUGGCUUGGGCAUCCGCCUGCCCCUGGAACUAGGGCUUGGAUCCUUCCAGGGCUUCAUCGUUGCCAUCCUCUACUGCUUCCUCAACCAAGAGGUGAGGACUGAGAUCUCACGCAAGUGGCAUGGUCAUGACCCUGAACUUCUGCCAGCCCGGCGGACCUGUACUAAGUGGACCAUGCCUUCCAAUGCGGGAGCCAAAGUGCUGACGUCUAUGUGCUAGGCUGGCUGCACCACAUCUGGAGCCCACAGCUGGGCUGGGGCAGCUGCUUGGUGCCCAUCACCGUCUGGAGGAGAAGAGACCCUGGGAGCUCUCG